AUGGAAGGUCCAGGAACUGCAAAUUCAUUGGUCAGCCCCAAACAUCGAAGAGUAGCUUUAGAUUGCGAAGAAUAUGCGCCACUCUACAUACAAAAGUCUAUUCAUCCUGUCAGGGCACAAACACUUCGUAAAACUGGAGUUGAUGCAAAGUUAGAAUCCAAUAACGUCCGUAGAUUACAUGAUAUUCCAUUUUCGUGGCAGUCGUACGUGGCUACGUGGUGUCCUGUGUGCGACAAACGAGUAAGCAACAGAGGAAAAGACACGAGCGGGCUCCUUGCGCACAUUCGUAAAUCUCAUCCGAAACGUUCUAAUCAAUAUUUAAUUCAGGAAACAGAGGAAUCAAAAGUGACACCUAAACAAACAUCAGCUUCGAAGUGUAUCGAUACCACGGAUUCCAACACUAGGAAGACCGAACAGCGAAAAAUUUAUGCCACUCGUGUGGACACGUGGAAGUCGCACGACGAGAAGAAGCUUUGCCCUCGAUGUCAAAAGGAAGCAAUACCGACCCUUCACGCUCGGGGAGACAAGUUGACGACCUCGCAUAUUGGAGCCUUAUGUCUUUUAGGGUGUUGGCCACUCUGCUUCGUACCACUGAUAAUGAAACGCUCGAAGAAGGUUCGCAUGCUCUGCCCUCUUUGUGGAUACAUGUACGGCAGCUUUCAGUAUAACAAUACCGGGUUAGCACCAUGCAAAACAGAUUCUGAAGACUCACAAGUACGACUUUCAUCUCCGCCGAGAAGCUUUCGUUUGUACGCGGCGAAACAGAAGCAUAAAAAUUGAUGGCAAAAGUGUAUUCUCGUGAAAAAUUCGUGUAUGAAAAUAUAUAUUGUAAUUAUAUGAAAUAAUCCUUUUUCUAAUAAACAGACUGCGGAUGUUUAUGCAUU